AUGUCAGUUUCUUGUCUAUGUCAGGUGAGAGGAUCAUGCGUGGCCCAGCAAGACAUGACCAGCAUAUUCAUCUCCAUCAUUGUGAUUUUCAUCACGAUCUUCAUUCCAUCUUGCUCGUUUCCACUGCGUCAUGUAGGAGGUGAGAAAAAAGCCAUGCAACAUAGCUCGGGGAAGCGAGACUUGAUCCUCUGUUGGGUGAUGCAGGUCAGGAGAAGGGAGAUGGCUUGUCACUGUGAUCUAGAGGGAGAUCAGCUUGUUGCAGAUAAACAUGAGAAACUGAAGAGUGGAACGAAGGGCAGCUACAGGCUGGGACAGACAUUCCAGCAGCAGCCAGCAUCUUUUUCCAGUGAAGUUGGUCUACACCUGGUUCAUACUUUUGAGCAAUUCCAUGAUCAUUUUCUAUUUUGCCUUGUGGAUAUCAUUGCUUCUGAAGAUGCAUCCUAUAGAAAUACAUCUUUCCAGUCAGAGACUGCAUCACGAAUACAUAACCUUACCCAAGAUCUGUCUCACAGAAAUCCAACGUCUAGAAAAUUCAAGUCAGAGAUUAUGUCACAGAUUCACAGACUUCACGCAGAUUUUAAAUCCACGGAUAGGUUGUUGUUUGACAGUCAUAAAAAAAUGGUUGAAAACCGUUUACAACAACACGAUGAAGUUUUGUGGUUUAGUUCUGAGUAUGUUCACCAUCAUCAUUCUCGAUCACAGUCACCAGAAUUGAGGCAUUUAGGAAAACUACAGCAUGCAGGCAUGCAGAUUCACUUGGCCAAUAGAGAACAAGCCCAAUAUGUCGGUGAUACGGGACAACCUAAAUAUGUCAGUGAUACAGGACAACCCCAAUAUGUCAGUGAUACGGGACAACCCCAAUAUGUCAGUGAUACGGGACAACCCCAAUAUGUCAGUGAUACGAGACAACCUAAAUAUGUCAGUGAUACGGGACAACCCCAAUAUGUCAGUGAUACGGGACAACCCCAAUAUGUCAGUGAUACGGGACAACCCCAAUAUGUCAGUGAUACGAGACAACCCCAAUAUGUCAGUGAUACGAGACAACCUAAAUAUGUCAGUGAUACGGGACAACCUAAAUAUGUCAGUGAUACGGGACAACCUAAAUAUGUCAGUGAUACAGGACAACCCCAAUAUGUCAGUGAUACGGGACAACCUCAAUAUGUCGGUGAUACGGGACAACCUAAAUAUGUCAGUGAUACAGGACAACCCCAAUAUGUCAGUGAUAGGGGGCAAACUCAGUAUGUUACAAAUGUAGGACAAGUGCAGUUUAUACGAGAUACGCUAGACCCCAAACCUGUCCGCUCUCAGUCAGAUUAUAAUCAGGACCUGCUACUUUUAAAAAACUCAUUAGCGCAGAUGUCAGAUACUCCAGUCCAUGAUGAAGCCAGCGAGUCUUCUGGGAGCAGAUCCAUGCAGCCAUUCAUCUUAUCCAAGGUAGAUGAUCUGAGACAGAUAAAGAAGUACUCACUCAAUGAGAGUCACCUGCCGGACCAGCUAACACAGUCCAGUGAUAACAUUCUCCAUAGAAACAAAUCUAUGCAAUUCUCUGUUCCUUCUGUGUCCAAGCAGUCAGUGGAUGUAAGGUUCAAUGAUCCCAUGUUUCUGAACCAGUGGCACCUGGUGAAUAGUUUGACCACAGGGAUGGACCUCAAUGUGACCGGUGUGUGGAUGCACAAUUACACAGGUUAUGGGGUUACCGUUGCUGUGGUUGAUGAUGGCUUGGAGUGGAUGAAUCCAGACUUGAAGGCUAAUUACAACCAUGAAGGCAGCUGGGAUAUGAACGACGAUGACCCUGACCCCACUCCAAAUGCAAAUAAAUUAUCCAAUCAUCAUGGGACGAGAUGUGCCGGGGAGAUCGCGGCUGUUGCCAAUAAUAGCAUAUGUGGUGUUGGAGUUGCCUAUCAGGCUCACGUAUCUGAGGUCCUGGAUGGGUUAAUGACGGACAGCAUGGAAGCUGAAGCCUUCAACAUGAAGAUGGACAUCAAUGACAUCUACAGCUGCAGCUGGGGCCCAGACGAUGAUGGGCGGACAGUGGACGGCCCCCAUCUGAUGGCGGCUAAAGCUCUUCAGCAUGGAGUGGACUUUGGCAGACGGGGUUAUGGCAGUAUUUAUGUCCUGGCGAGCGGUAAUGGGGGAGAAAACCAGGACAACUGUAAUUUUGAUGGUUAUGCAAAUUCAAUCUACACAGUUACCAUCGGUGCUGUGGAUGACAAAGGCAGCAUGCCGUACUAUGCUGAGGAAUGUGCAUCCAUGUUGGGGGUCACUUUCAGCAGUGGCACCACCAACAAGAGGGACAUAGUCACAACUGAUUGGACUUUUGGAAACUCCGGGGGCUGUACUGAGAGUCAUACCGGAACCAGUGCUGCUGCUCCUCUAGCAGCUGCCAUGAUAGCCCUGAUGCUUCAAGCCAGACCUUGCUUGUCCUGGAGAGAUGUCCAGUAUAUCAUCAUUCUCACUGCCCACAUGGUCAAUGGUCAUAGUGCUCACUCACAGAAGAAUGGAGCUGGUCUCUCACACAGUCAUAAACACGGGUUCGGUCUGUUAAAUUCCUGGAGAUUGGUGAAUGCUGCUCGAGUAUGGCAGGCAGUCCCUUGGUUAACCUCAUAUUCCUACGCAGAAUCAGACUUAAAAUUGGUCAUACCAAAGGGCAAAAAUGUUUCUUUGACAGUCACUCAUGUGGUCAGUGAUUCGGCCAUUCGAGGACUUAGCCUGUUUACUCUGGAAAAUGUCCAGUUGACACUGACCCUGUCUCAUCCUUGCAGAGGAAAAAUUGGGGUGACCUUGACCAGUCCCGCUGGAACUAUUUCUGUUUUAGCUGCACCAAGGCCAAAAGACAACUCCACUGAUGGGUUUCAUGAUUGGACCUUCACAUCAGUGAGAUGUUGGGGGGAGCCCCCCACUGGAAGCUGGACGUUUAAUAUCACUGACCAUGAUUACACUGUGUUUGGUCAAGGCUGGGUCACCAAGUGGAGACUGACCUUGUUUGGAACAUCACUGAGCAGCCAGGAAUUUGCUGACCGCCGGAAACUUGUGGAGUCUUCCAUGAGUGGAUAUUUUUUCAAUGCCAGUGCUCUGCCAUGUCCACCACCACCGAGAUAUGAUUCUGUCACUACCCCAGUCUCUGACAGGAUUCUCAAAGUUCUCAUCCUGUGCGGUGCUUUCUGCUUCAUCAUGGCUGUCUACGAGACAUUUGAAUACAUGCUCUGUUACAAUGAUGAGAAACAGGAAGCGGCUCGCACCAGACGCUUGGUGGACAGAGCCCAAGAACUGACCCAUACUACUAGAGUCCUGGACAGUGAUGACCAUCAGCUAUCUUCUAUGUCCAAUGGCACAUCGGAACCUAAUCAUGCACAUAACUUAAUAGAUGAUGAGGAUGACAUCUUUGAUGCAUCAGAAACUAGCAGAUUGUUGACAAGUGACCGAAGGUGCUCAGGUCAUGCUGGUGUCAGGGAACAAACCGAAGACAUUCCUUUAAAAACAUUCAGCAUACAGUCGGCUGAACACAGCUCUUCUCAGAGUCUUCCGUUACCACUGGCAACAGGGGGAGAUAAUUCCACAGGGGAAGAUAAUUCAACAUUAAACAUGCAACAAGAUCAUAGUACAGAAAGUCUGGCUACAUCUGUAACUUCAAACAGUAUGGGCAAAUAG